AUGUGUGAGUUCUGCAAUAUGCAAUGCGAUUCUCGCCGUCAUCUUAGCAACCACCGCCGCUUCUGUAAGAACAACCCCGACAGAGAGAAGACAAAGGAAAAAAGGGAAAAGGCGGACGACCAAGGUGGGUAUUGCAGUAUUUGUGAUAUUCCAUACAAGAAACGAAGUGCAUACCAU